AGGAGGAGGGGAAUAAAAAGCAAAGAGGGGGGAGAGAGUGAGUGAAAGAAAACUAAGCCCAGCUUUUGCCGGUGCUGCUUGGAUUGGAUCUGGUUUGAGUUUCCUCUCUGCUGGCUUGAGCAGCAAGAGAAGGAGGAGUGGGGGGAAGUCGCUCACUCUUCCUCUGAAGCUUUAGCAAACGUGCUGGUGCCUGUGCUGGCGGGGAGCUGCCCGGGUGCAGUUCCUUCGCAGCAUAUUGCUGUCACUGCCUGGACUUCCCGAGGACCUGGAGGAAAAAGACAUCACAGACCUGACAGUUGCUCACUGCCUAUAGACUUGUCACUUUUUUUUUUUUUUUUUUUUCCUAGGGGAUUCUUUUUUAAAAUUAUUUUUCUCCCGGGUAUCAGAACAGCAGUUUCUUGAGUGGCUUUGAAAUCAAUUGCUUCCUUAUCAACUUCGGGAGAUAUUUUAAAAAACUUUUCCCCCCCCUCUUCUGUUUUCAUAGCCAAAAAAAAAAAAAAAAAGAAAAAAAGGAUAAAAAAAGAUAAUCCUUUUGGGGGAGGGGAGAUGAUCGUGCUGAUGUGGAAUAAGUGCUCCUGCUGUCUCCUCUUACUAGCCGCGGUCCUGAUCGUGGAGAGCUCCCAGCUAGACAGCUCCAGCUCCAAGGUGAACUCCAUCAAGUCCACCCUGAUGGGGGAGGCUCCAACUCAGGCAACCAACAGAUCUGCAGGCAUCCACCAGGGACUGAUGCUUGCUAGCAGUAAGAAGGGCAAAAUGCUAGAGCAGAUGGGAAAACCUCCCAAGCACUAUCACCGGCAAGGAGAGGCCUAUCCCUGCACUAAUGACAAGGAGUGCGAGGUUGGGCGGUACUGCCACAGCCCUCACCAAGCCACGUCCGCGUGCAUGAUGUGCCGGAGGAAGAAGAAGCGCUGCCACCGGGACGGGAUGUGCUGCCCUGGGAACCGCUGCAACAACGGUAUUUGCAUACCAGUAACUGAAAGCAUCCUUACUCCUCACAUCCCUGCUCUAGAAGGGCCACGCAACAAGAAGAAUGGUCAUUAUGCGAGCAAGGAUUUGGGAUGGCACAACCUGGGGAGGCCCCGAUCCAAGCUGUCACACAUAAAGGGACACGAAGGCGAUCCCUGCCUACGGUCAUCAGACUGCAUUGAGGGACACUGCUGUGCUCGCCACUUCUGGACCAAAAUUUGCAAGCCUGUGUUGCAUCAGGGGGAGGUGUGCACCAAACAGCGCAAGAAAGGGUCCCAUGGACUGGAGAUUUUCCAACGAUGUGACUGUGCCAAGGGUUUGUCUUGUAAAGUAUGGAAAGAUGCGACCUCCUCUUCUAAAUCAAGACUUCAUGUGUGCCAGAAGAUCUGAAUGAGGAUUGGGAAGACAGUAUUAAGUGACUCUGGCUUUAUGUGUUUAAUGCAUUAUGGCAUGGUGGAAAAAGGGGACUGCAAAUGAAAGUGGAGUGGCUAAAGUAACAGUUAGAGUAGAAGUCACACCAAAUGCGUUUCUUUUUGAGCUGGUGGCAAACACAAGUGUAGCUGGAGUUCACCUACCACAUGGUUCUCCUGUAAAUAAUUCUCCAGUUUGUGGGAAAUGCUAGCAUGCAAACAAGUAGAGUGGAAAUGAAUGUCACUUACCUUGCUGUGUUGUCCCAUGAUGUUUCAGGUGUUCAGUGUUAGGGCUACAGUGGGUCUACAGCGUGGUAAGGAUUUUCUACAGAAGUUGUAUACAUUGUACUCCUAUAGGAGGCAGUGCAUGCCAGGAAGACUCAUCUGUCAACACAUUAUUGGCCACAUUGCAGGUGUGAGAAAUGGAAAUAAAGUUACUGUGAAUGUCCACAUGCCCUCAUUAUUCAGGGCUGACAUUCAGCAAGGAAGCACUCCUGCAGGACAAGAGUGCUAUGUUUUCCAGGCCCUUACGAAGAAGGUGAAAACUGGCCAUCUCAAAAUUUCAAGAGAGCAGCAGUUUACCUAAGAGGAGGCAUUUAAACAGGGUUUUGUUUCCUGUACAUGGGUAAAUUGAAAUGCUUUAUGUAGUUCAAUGUCAUAGUAAGGCACUUAAUUACUUGUAUUUUUCUCAGUUUACUGCUAAUAUGCAUUGGGUUGAACAGAUGAAGCAAAUAUGUGUGCAUGCAGAAUCCAGAAUUAUAUGCAGGCAGUUCCUUAUUAGUCCUAAAUAUGCUUUCCUUGCCUAAGCAUUCUUGCAUUAUAGACAUUUCCAAAAGAAAUAGCAGAGUGUUGAAGUACUUAACACAAAGAGCUUUGAAGUUGGUUCUCUGUUGCUGUUAUAAUAUAAUAUAUUCAACACUUCAGCAUUUGUUGAGGUGUUUUAGGCAUAGUGCUACAAACUCAAAUUUUUACAUCUGAUGGCACUUUGCAGCAGUAUAAUGGAUUUGUUCUCCAGACAGCAGAGAAAAAGGAGUUGGGUCUUGUGAGCAUCUCCUCUCCUGCAGAAGAGUUUUUAAGAAGAUGGCAUGACCACAAAUGACUUGUUAAACAUCAUGUGAUGUCACAGCAUACCAGCCUCCAGCAUGUAUUCAGCCUGAAACUGAUGUCCUCUCACUCUGGAGUGUUUUGCCAGGAAUGACAGAAAUAUAGACUGUGGAAACAGCUGCCAAACCCUACAUUGUUUGUGUACUGGUUAAAAAAGGACAGCCUCUCUCCCAUGACUUGUCUCCCAGGUCUUUUAAAACUUUUAAAAUUUUACUUAUUUUCAAAUAUUACUUUGUGUAAACUUUGGUAAAGAGACUGAUAUUACUUUAAAGAAGUCUGAUUCUAUAAUUGACCUACUACUAAGUUGUAAUUACCCAUUUAUAAUUACCCAUUUUCAUGUUCUAUGAUACAAAGAUAAAAAGAUACUUUUCUGUUUAUUCAGUUCUGCACAACAUGGGUAGGGCCAGUAUGUAGUUUAACUUUGAAGACCACGUUACCAUUACCUGACACAUUUUUCCACCAGUGGGAUUCCUUAAAGCUUUAGCUUAGCUACACUACUUGACUCAGCCUUCCUAAUUAGGACACAGACCUCAGCUUCAUUGCCCUUAUCUUUCAUAAGAGUCUAAAGCACAAGAGUAUUUCACACACCUCCUUCCUUCUUACUCCAGCAUUUUCCGAUGUCACUGAAACAGGAAUAAGGCUCAGAAAUUGCAAAAUACUAAAAAAGUUCAGGAACCAAUUUUGCAGGUUUUAUUUACACUGACACAGUAUAUACUCAGUUCAGAAGAGGAACUCAAGCACUGUCAUUGCUCAAGUGCUCACUACAUAUAAAAGAAAAUGAACGAGGGGGGGUUGCAGAAAUGGGGUCCCAGCAUUUUUUAGCUCUUCUUAUUGGCCUACCCGCCAUUUUGCUCUUGCAAAACACAGUUAUUUGGGAUAAUUUAUUUACAGGAAAUGUUUAAUGAGAUGUAUUUUCUUAUAGAGAUAUUUCUUACACAAAGCUUUGUAGCAAAAUAUAUUUGCAGCCUGUUGAAUUUAAUGUAGAAAAAUGUAUAAUAAGAUUAAAUAUAUUAAAUUUCUUUUCACAUUCCUCCCCAA